UCUCACAGAUCUGAGGUCAGGGGGAUUAAAGGGCUAGUUGGCUGAAAACAUUAGAUUCCUUCAUAUUAGCAGUGAGGCACCAUCUGGUGUCCUGUGGAGUGAGAUUCUGGUGGUGAUGGCGACUGUGACCGCACUCCUGAAGUUUGUGACAGUGUUCGUCGCAGAGCUCAUCAGUUCCAUCACCGACUGGUUCCAGACCAAAGCAGCAUGGGCUCAACUGGACAUUCUGGAGAACACAGAACUAAAGACAACAGGAGGAAUCCAUGAACGACACAAGGCCAGAACUCUGUGGGAGAAAAGUGGAGCUGUGGUCAUGGUCGUACGACGACCUGGAUGAUUGUUGUGCAGAGAGGAGGCUGCUGAGCUGUCCUCUCUCAAGUCCCAGCUGCAGGACCUUGAAGUCCCUCUGUUUGCUGUGGUGAAAGAAAACCUUGGCAAGGAGCUGGACAGCUUCAAGAAGUACUUCUCUGGGAAAGUCUACGUGGAUCAGCAGAGAAACUUCUAUGGCCCUCAAGAGCGAUGGAUGUUUCUCUCCAUGUUCCUGCGUAUCGGUGUGUGGAGGAACUUCUGUCGAGCUUAUCGGCGGGGCUUCAGAGGGAACCUGAGAGGUGAAGGACUGGUCCUGGGUGGAGUCUUCGUCAUUGGGCCUGGAGAUCAAGGUAUUCUACUGGAGCACCGUGAAAAGGAGUUUGGAGAUAAAGUGAAUAUGCUGGCAGUCCUCAAAACAGCCCGUAACAUGCGUGAAAACCUGGCAAGAUAGAUCUUCACAUUGAAAGUGUUAUUUGCAUGCCUCUCAGUCUAAUCCAGGAUUUUUUCCGUAUUAAUGUUCAUGUAAAGUUUCCAUGUUGUAAUGUUCUCAUAAACCAUUGUAUUUGUGGCAGGUGGGAGUUACUGCAGGUUGGGUUAUGCAACACAGUAAUUCUGUGGAUUCAUUUUGUGCCAUUUUAAAUGAUUGCUGGCUCACUGUCUGUCUGUCUGUUUGUGUAGCUGGACUUGGUUUUGUGAUGUUCUUUAGUGUGUUUUAUUGAUGAUCUGUUUCUGAAACUCUGAUAGAGAGAACAGCCCUGAUGCCAACACACUAAUAAAACACAUGAAACAAGGCAGUUUUAUGCUGAUAUGAUGGAUGGA